AUGUUCUCUUCAGCCCUCAUUGCCCUAUCUGCUGUUUCGCUCGCUCAAGCGACUGCAGUACUACCCCGAGCUGCCUCUAUCACUGAAUUCUCGACGAGUCCUGUCGAGUUCGUGUACCCAUCUCCUAGAAGUGGUUAUCUCGCCAACAACGCAAGCGCCUAUCCCUGUGGUGGUAGUCCCCUUGGAGAGCGAACAUCAUAUCCCUUAUCUGGUGGAAAAGUCUCUCUUGAUGUCGAUACUCUCGCUUCCAAUGUCAACUUGCUCUACUCGAACAAUUCGAAUCCAAGUACUUUCCACGAGUUCUCCACAUUUGCGAACUCUAUCCUCGAUGUAUCGGAUGGAGGAUGGUGUGGGAAUGGUCCCAACUUUGAGGAAGUCGGUCUCGCAGCCGGAAGCAAUGCCACCCUGCUUGUGAUCUACCAGCUGUACGGCAACAAGACUUACUUCUACCAUUGUGCGGACAUCUCCCUUGUAGCAGUUAACAGCUACACCGCACCAUCCGAUCUUACAUGUUCCAAUUCUUCCGCCGUUUUGGAGACAGCCUCAGGGGAAGAUUCCAUGGUCCUCAAAGGAUCCAAUUUCUCUGCUGCCCAACAGGGUGCCGAUGGUCAAACGGUCAGUAUAGACUUGGCUGCCGCCACUGCCUCUCCUGCAGCUUCCGCAUCAGAGUCAGGUUCAGCGGCUUCCGCAGCUACUUCAGCAGCUUCAUCUGCUGCUGCUAGUGGGUCUGCCAGUUCUGCUGCUGGAAUCACGGCCAAGGUGGGAAGUAUGGGUCUUGGUGCGGCCGUUUUGGGAGGUCUGGCACUCCUCUUGUAG